AUGGAAAGAGAGCAGCAAGGCAUUCAGUUUCAUCAAGUCCUAGUAGCCAACGGGAGGGUCAAGGAUGAGCCAGAGGAGCCGGAUGAAGAAAAGGAUGUAGAGGAGGUGUGUAGAGAACCUCACCAGUUGGAAGCCCCAUCAAAUUUCUGCAUGUUUCAAGGGGUGGAUACAGACUACUUACGCACCCUCGAGGAGGCAGUUAUCAGCCUGAAGCUUCAACUCAUCAUAGCCAAGGCAAGGGCCACGCGAGCCGAGCGAAAAGUAGAGGUAAUCACCCAAGAGGUGGAUGAACUGCCUGAACUUCUGGUGCGUCACAUCGACGAUUGA